UCAAUAAGGACAAGUCCAUGGGACAGAGGUGGGAGCACUUCGUCACGGCGCCGAAGACCAAGAAAUUCAAAAUUCCUGUACUCCGCGUCACCAGCCGCAAACCAAGCCGGCGAGGCUCCACACUCAGUCUGUCUCGGACCAGCGGAGGAUCAUCCCCCCAGAGCAGCAUGGUCUCCAUGAACCCCGGCUCAGAUGAGCCCCCGAGUGUGAUCACCCAGGGGACAGGCAGCAAGGACAUUGAGGACAAUGAAUCAUCUUCAACCAAGCCUGAGGAAGAACCUCUCCAUAUCAUAUUUUAUAUAUGGAAGUUUUAUCAUUCUGUGACACCACCCCCCACUCCCACCCCCGAACCCCCGGUCUGGAACAAGCUUUUUCAGUGGUUCACAAUUUGUGGGACACAGGUUCUUCAGAAAAUCCGUUAA